GCCCAAGAUAGAGCAGACCCUAGAGGAGCCGAGCUCAGCGGACAGAAGACAUUUAAAGUGGUAGAUUCGGGAGAGAAGGACAUUUUAAAGAGACUAGGACCGAGUACAAAAGACAUUAAAAGAGGUUCCCUCGACCCCGGAACUCCUGUUCCCAGGCUAUGACUCCCAGUGCCCUGUAGACCUGGCGGGCUCCCCGCACUUGCGACCCCUAUUUGGGGGUCUGGGUGGCUACUGGAGGGCCUUGCAGAGGGGCAGAGAAGGCAGGACCAUGGCAUCUAGGGCCUCUGAACCUCCCCCAGGGCGCAGCGUGACGGCGGGCAUCAUCAUUGUUGGAGAUGAGAUCCUCAAGGGACACACUCAGGACACCAACACCUACUUUCUGUGCCGGACGCUGCGCUCCCUGGGGGUCCAGGUGUGCCGAGUCUCUGUCGUACCCGACGAGGUAGCCACCAUCGCAGCUGAGGUCACAUCUUUCUCCAGCCGCUUCACGCAUGUCCUCACGGCAGGGGGCAUCGGGCCCACCCAUGAUGAUGUGACCUUUGAGGCAGUAGCACAGGCCUUUGGGGAUGAGCUCAAGCCACACCCUGAGCUGGAGGCAGCCAUCAAAGCCUUUGGAGGAGAGGGCUGGGAGAAGCUGUCGCGGGUACCCUCCUCUGCCCACCUGCAUUACGGCACAGAUCCUCACACUGGCUGUGCCUUCAGAUUCCCGCUCGUCUCCGUCCGGAACGUCUACCUCUUCCCGGGAAUUCCGGAGCUGCUGCGGCGGGUGCUAGAGGGGCUGAAAGGACUGUUCCAAAACACAGCUGUUCAGUUCCACUUGCGGGAGCUGUAUGUGGCCGCUAACGAGGCCUCCAUCGCCCCCAUCCUGGCCGAGGCCCAGGCCCACUUUGGGCGCAGGCUUGGCCUGGGUUCCUACCCUGACUGGGGCAGCAACUACUAUCAGGUAAAGCUGACACUGGACUCAGAGGAAGAAGGGCCCCUGGAGGAAUGCCUGGCCUACCUGACUGCCCGUCUGCCCCAGGGGACGCUGGUCCCCUACGUACCCAACGCCGUGGAGCAGGCCGGUGAGGCCGUGUACAAACUCACUGAGUCAGGGUCUUUUCUGGGGGAAAAGGUGGCAGGUGCCCUACAGACCAUUGAGACCGCCCUGGCUCGGUACCGCCUCACCCAGCUCUGUGUGGGAUUCAACGGGGGCAAGGACUGCACCGCCCUCCUGCACCUCUUCCAUGCUGCUGUGCAAAGGAAAUACCCUGAUGCUCAAGAGCGCCUUCAGAUCCUGUAUAUCCGCAGCAUCUCCCCGUUCCCCGAGUUGGAGCAGUUUCUACAGGACACUAUCAAGAGGUAUAAUCUGCAGGUGCUAGAGGCUGAGGGUGACAUGAAGCAGGCCUUGAGCGAGCUGCGGGCACAGCACCCCCAGCUGGAGGCCGUGCUGAUGGGCACGCGCCGCACUGACCCCUACUCCUGCAGCCUCCGCCCCUUCAGCCCCACCGACCCAGGCUGGCCUCCAUUCAUGCGCAUCAACCCGCUGCUGGACUGGACCUACAGAGACAUCUGGGACUUUCUGCGUCAACUCUUUGUCCCGUACUGUAUCCUGUAUGACCGAGGCUAUACGUCGCUGGGGAGCCGGGAGAACACAGUGCGGAACCCAGCCCUGAAGUGCCUGAGCCCAGGAGGACAGCCCACCUACCGUCCAGCCUACCUGCUUGAGAACGAAGACGAGGAGAGGAACUCCCGCACGUGACCUCCCACUCCUGCCCUGUCCAGGAGGAAGGGAAGGGGGUCGUCCUGGGGUCUAACCUGUCAAUAAACUGCCUCUCC